UGUCCCAGCCGAGCCGCCGUCCCCUCGGCCCCGCUCGGCCCGGAAGCGCGCGGGGGAGGUCGGUGCUCGCAGGCGGCCGCCAUGAGCAAAAGGAACCAGGUGUCCUACGUGCGGCCGGCCGAGCCCGCCUUCCUGAGCCGCUUUAAGCGGCAGGUCGGGUAUCGGGAGGGGCCCACGGUGGAAACCAAGAGAGAGCAGCUUCCACUGGCAGAUGAUGAUGAUGAUAGUGACAAUGAAGAUGAGCAGCCUCAAGUGGUAACACUGAAAAAAGGGGACUUGACUGCUGAAGAAGCAAUGAAAAUUAAACAACAAAUCAAAGAGGCCUUAAAAUCAAAUGAAUCAGAUGGUGAACCAGAACCUGCUGAUGGAAAAAUUAUGUUCAGGAAACCAGCCAAACGUUCUUCAGAGAAGUUUUUGGACUUCAAUGUAAGUUCAAGUAAGAAGAUGAAAGAGGCAAAGAAAAAUAAGAGAGAAGCAACUACUCCUCAGAGUACAGCUAAGCAAAUAAAAAAUAGCAGUCUUCUCUCAUUUGAUGAUGAGGAAAAUGAUGAUUAGAAAUUGUACUCUUGUAUGUUUUACUUACCCAUUUAGGGAUCCGAUUAAGACUGAGUGCUUUCCUAGAAACUGAAGCAUGGUAUCCAAGUCUUCCCUUACUCUGUAUGGUCCAACUAGAGAAACAGUAUAAAACUAGCAAGAGUCUCUGCAGUUCAGGUGGAACUGUAUGAACAGCGUAUGGUCUUUAUUUUAAAAGAGUUUAACCAUCCAUGUAAAAGCUAUUUGGGGUCACAAAUGAGUAGCAAAAUAUAUGUGUACAUAUCCAACUUAUAUAAAUUUGCAAUCGAUAAAUUUUAAAAUUUCCUCCAUUACUAAAAUGUGUUUCCUCUCUGUUUACUGGCCCUAGUUGAUGUUUGUGUGGUUUUUACCUGUUAUUGUUGACUUGCCAUUCAAAAGAGAGAGCCUUCAUUGCUGUGGAACAGCGACUGAAGUUUUCUGUCUUAUAGUUUAACAAAAGUUUGCACUACCUUUUGCAUGUGUAGUUUGGCAGACUAGCUCUUUGCAGAGCCCUAGCAGUAAGUAAGCCUGCAGUUGCUAAAGUGAUCUGGUCUUAAUCCUGUCUUUGGUGAAUGCUAAGAAUCAUCAAAUUCAUUUGACUUGUUUGUGUUAGCAAGAUACAAAAAUUUUGAUUGUAGUUGAGGUAUCAACUAAUGCAAAAGAAAUGCCUAAACCCUUGGAGAUUGUGCACGCUGGGCUCUGUGGUGGGAUUUUUUUUGAAGUGUAUUUGUUCCAGUUGGCUACAUAUGUGUUCAUAAUUAUUUGGGAUCUCAAAGAGCUUAUUUAAAAAAAAUGUAUUUAAUCUUUAAGCUGUGGAAAAACAUUAUUAAGUAGGAAAUUGUAAACAGGAAAUUUAAGUCAAGAAAUGUAGCUGUGAUAAAAAGCUCUAAAAUUUUUUAGUUGCCCUUGUACAGUACACUGAAAGGGUCCAUUUCUGUACCUUUUAUGUAAUAGGAUGUGCUGAAAUUCGAAAUAACACUGAGAACUGAUGGAGUUGGGGAGAACAAGGUGGUGGAAAUGGGACUAGUGACUUUGAAAUUAGUUGGAAGUAUGGUGUAUUCUGUAACCAUAUUUUAGCAAGACCUGAGAUUGCUGCAGAAUUACAGUGCACAAAGCAGUGAAGCCAGUUCUGCUGCGUGACAGGACAUUCACAGUUAUUUGGGCUGUAAAGCUUCAUUGAGGAGCAAAUUUGAAGUUUCUGUGUGAAACAGCUGGUUUUAGUUUGUUCAUCUGAUAUUAAACAAUAAAUUUUGUUUUCUAAAAAUGGUACAAAGAUAUUUUAAUGAAAGUUUCACUGCAUAAAAUGUUUUUUUUGUGUCACCUGAUAAUGAAGCCUCCUACGACUGCUGCCUGUCUCUGACUGCCACCUGUCUCCGUUCAUAUCAGCUUCCUGCAGCAUCGGACCAGAUGCAAAUCUGCAUACUAUUUCACACUAAUUGUGUGAGUGCAGGUAACCCUGAUUUUGAAAAUUAAUAGAUCUGUUGUCUUUUCAGAAAAUUAAAGCCAGACCUAUUAAGUGCUUGUUUUAGCACUGGUCUGAUAUUAGAACUGCCAGCGAGGUGCAGUGUGACAACCUGAUUAUUUCCAUGAGGACAUGUUACAUUUGGAAAUACAUUUGUCUGCAUUCUGCACGUAUAAAAAAGAAAGUAAAGCAUGGGAAGAAGAAAUACAGAAUCAAAGACUCCCAGGGAUUAAUCCUUCAAUUUAGUUUGUAUACUUAAGUCUUUGUUUGAAUCUAUUAAAAAUAUAUAUAUGAACUCAGGAGAAAUCUUGUAGCAUUACAGUAUACUGAAGGAAUAUUUAAGUAUUUUUCAACAACUGAGUAAAUACUCUGACUUGCUGAGGCUCAUCUGAAAGAAUGAAUUAACCAUUGACUGCUUACUUAAACUUUUCUGGUUCUGUUCAUCAGCACAAAAAUAUACUUGCUUACAUUUUUCUUGCACCUAGAGGCUCUUCACUUUAGCUGUGAGGCAGUUUAGGAGACAUGGCUAUCAAGAGAUAAACACUUGCCAAGGAUCAGAGGGAAUUUGGAUUUACCUUAAAAUUAGAGAGGGCUUCCCAAACAUGCAGCUGAUUUGGCAUGUUCAAAAUAAGAUUGAGGUCUUGUUUGAAUCUGGUUAGUAAUUGCAUUUAAACAAAAAUUGCUAUUUCUAGUGAAAAACCUUGUGAGACACAAGUCCAUUAAAAAGAGGGUUACCUCAAAGUACUGGGUGCAGUACUUCUUCUUAAUCAUGCUCCUUGCCCUACAGCUUCGUGACCGAUGUCUGGAAUGCAAAUAAAUUAAUUGGGUUUACUUGGAAAUAAUAUAAUGAAAAGCAUGUUGUUCUUCAAGCAACGCAGCAGGGGAAAGAAAGGUAGAUACGGAAAGCCAGCUUCUUUCCCUUAUUCUGACUGUCAUUUGUAGUGCUGUGAUCAGGAGGACACCUUUGUAUGAAUACAUUGUAUUUCGCUCCUACUUCACCUAACAAUAACUAAUUGGAUAUAUUUAUUAAGAGGUGUGAGUGAUGCACAAAAGCAUUUUAGUCAAGUAGACAUGUGAAAACUUAGUGUUCUUAAUGUGACACACCAGGAAAAUUACACACGCCAUCAACUCCUCAUGAAACCUGUGACUAAAGAGAACAAUUACUUGUUCAUUUAGGAAAGAAAUGUGAAACUGUCUUAAGCAAUCACCUGCCUUAAGCAGUGGGUCAUGGAAAAAUAAUAACUGCAAGAACUUUCUAAUAAAGGAGAAGCCAAAGAGCACAUAGAACAUGGGGGUGUAGGACCAGAAUGGACAAUUAUCCUGGCUUUUUCUUCCUCUCUUCCCUGCCCUCAUCCUCAGUCCUUUUCCCCUCCUGUGAAGGGGAAUGUAUAUGUAUUCUUUUCCUUGUGGAGCUUGCUGAGUUAAGUGUGAGAGAAGUGCUGUGGAGGAGCAAGGUGAAAGUAGCUGUGGCCUAUUACCUAAUAUGGGAGUCUUGUACAGUUUUUAUUAAUAAAAUCUUAAAAAUUUCCCAGUUCAUGAAGACUCCGAAACAUUUAUUGAUGGUGGUGUUAAUUCUCAUUCUUCUCAGCUGAGCAGUAAGCCAGAACAAAACGGGUGAACUGUAGUAGCAUUGCAGCAAUGGAUGCUUUUUAUGUUGCAAAGGUGCUUGCAUAUUAUCAGGAAAGGUGAGAUGCUUUGUGACCUUUAUUUUUCCUUUUGAAGAAAGAGGAUCUUUCUCUAAUGAUAGGAAUCAAGAUGAAGCAUCAAGAAUGCUGCAUUAUUGAGGCAGCAAGUGCAAAGACAUGGGACAAAAUGAGCAAGAAAAUGUUUGUGUGGGCGGGUGGUCCAGGAGUUCCUGCCCUUGGUUUUAUUUCUAGCCUGUCUGGUAAGGUUAAUUUUUCUCAAGUGAAAGGAAAUUUGUUAGACUGCAAAUGUUCAUCUCAUUAGCCUAAACAGGAAGGAAUGAGUCAGAAUUCUAUUCUGAUAGGUUUUGUGUCCCGCACUCUUCCUGGAAAUAUAAUUUGGAGGAUCAAAGGCUGUAUUUUGCAGACACUGAACACAAGAAGCCUGUAUUUAGCUAUUUUAAUUACACAUUUUUUAAAGUUUCAUCACAGGACUUAAUGUCUUUUUUUACAGUGCUUCAGUAUAUAAUCCUGUUAGAAAGCUGCAGAUUUAUAAUGAUUCAGGAAGUAGCAAUGUCAUCAUUUUAGCUGAUUGUUUCCCUUGUGCUGUGGUGUGUUAACUAAAUAAUGCUUCGCUUGGCUGUGUAGAGCCAAUUGCAUUCUCAAGGACGUUGGGCAUGCCUGAAGAUGAGUCAUUACUUUUAGUAUGGCACAAGAGGUAUGAUAUGCAGUCUCAGCAAGUGUUUGUCCAUUGAAGUUGGUUAAUAACCUAUAGCCUUGUCCUGUGGCAAGAUGCCAUAAAUCAAUCCUUUGUGCAUUCAGCAAACGGAAGGGUUGGUGUAUCAACUGCCUCUUCAAUAUCAUCCCUUUAUUCCCAUUCAUAGAGCGAGGUGUUAAUCUGUAAAGAGGUUUUUCAUGUCAUAGCCCUCCCAUUGCACUCCACUUCCUUGAGAGCAUUCCAGAGGCAGAAGUCACAAGAAUAGCAAUUAAAACCAGAGGAGACACCACAGAGUUUUACAUGAAUGACUGCAACCUCCUGUAGACUUCUUCAAGAUUUUGAGAACCUACAAAAUCUCCGAGCCAGCCUCUGGGAAGUAAAUUCCUCCUGGGGAAAAUGGAUGGGACCAGUCAGGAAAACUACAAAAGAUUGAAUUCUACAGUGUUCACCGCAUUAUUGCUUUUCAUUUUUUGUUGCAGGUGAAGCAACAGAUGGUAAAAGCAGUUUUUCCUCUGUCAGGAGUUGGAAUGUGGCUUUGGUGCCAUUCCAAUCCAUAUGGCAAAGGGUUCCUUUUCCUUGACUCCCAUGGCACUCCUCAGUGCAAUGCCUGAUUAGUCAAGGCCAUGGGCGAGAGGGAGCUACCUUGUACUAGGCACAAGUUAUUAGAGGAAGGUGUUGUCAAGCCUCCGUGGGGUAACAGUGAUCACUGCACACUUUUAGUUUUGAUGUCAUGAAAGAGUUGUUCCCUUAGGGACAACACAGUAACGACGAACUUUAAAAGGGCAGAUUAUAAAACUAUGAGGAAAAUGGUUAACAGCAGGCUGAAGGGCAAAGAGAGAUACUUAAAAACCAUAGAGAUCUGCCUGGAGGCUAUUUAAGAACAUUGUAUUAGAGGCACAGAUGGUUUGUAUACCUCUGAGCAAAAACACAGCAUAUGAGGAAGAAUGAAGCUCACAGGGUUACGCAGGAGAAAAACGUGAGUAUAGAAAGGUUGAAAACUCAUGCCUUACAAAUGAUGAUUGUCUGAAUGACAGACUAGGAAGUGUUCUUGGGAGCAUGGCGAGAGCUGGAGAAGUGUCAGUGCUAAGAAAAAGACUAUAGUAGCUGUUGACUUUGGAUUCCCAGAAUGAAACAGCGCAAAGAGUGAUUCUGAUAAUGUCCUGAGCACUUUGCCUUUGAAAACUGGUGCUACUUCAGGUGCAACGUCACCAGAAAAAACGAGGGGGCUCUUAGUCUGAGUUAGCUAGUACAACCCAAAAUCUCAAUAAAGCUAAAGCAGUCUGCAGUUUUAGUGUGGGACUAGGGCAGAUUUAAGAGUCAAGGAGCCCAUUCAAACAUAGUUUCUCUGUACUAGGACUUUAGUUUCAUCUUGUGUUAGAUUCAGUGCAAAAAAUUAUGUUUUUAAUCUUCGCCAAAGAAGGUAGAGAUAAAAAAUAACCCAACAAACCCAAACACUCCCAACAACCUCUAAUUUUAGUAAAAGCACAAAGCCUACAUUUGUUCUGGUACAGUGUUGGGCUGAGAGAGACAUUGAUAAGGAUGGAGUGAGGUUUGCAGAGCUUUUUCUGCACCAAUGUGUAAUUGGGCAGAUGCAGCAUUUAGUUGUCAUGCAUCUGAGAACAGGGACGCACUGAUUAUAAGUUAGAAGGGGAACAUUUCAAGUAUUACAAAUCUGAUGACGCGUGCAAAAAAACACCAGUGUCCUUGUGAAAUCUAUUAAAGUUAUUUUCUGGUUUUAAACCAAGGAACAGCAGGGGAAGGUUAGAACAACUACUUUGGCAAUAAAAACUUGACGUGCACAGUCUCAGGGGGAUUAGAGCCCUGGCAUCUAGGCUGUUUUAUUCCGCCCUGUUAAAUUGAAACAAACAAUUCAACUGCCUGAGUCUCUUCUUUUCUCCUUUAGCAUGCCAACGAUCUCGAGAGAAGAGAUUAAGCAUUGUUCUGAUCAGUGCCACAGCAGCAGCAGCAGUUUUAUAAUUUAAGGGCUGCAUAAAAUUUAUGGAGCACUGAGAAGAGCUUAAAUCAAUUUUACGAUUUUCAUAAGUUAUUUCAGGCAGACCGUGUUUGUGUAGAGAGCUGGUGAUGUUUGAGCUUUUUAUCGAAUGGACAACAACAUUCAAAACAGGGAUUUUGAAAGGCACCUGUGGGAAUUAUGCAUUUGACUUUGAUGGGAGUUGGAAGACUUGUUCCUUUGAGCUACUUCAUAUUCCACUAUUAAUUUUUAAUCAUGCCAAAUUGUUUCAGAAACUGAAUAAAAAUAAACAUUCUAGGAAAGUCAAAUUCAGAGCAGUUUUUAAAAUUUCAUUUAAAUGCUUGAUGUGCUUAUAAACAGUAACUCGUAAUUCUGUUUUGGGUGAAAACCCACUUUGGUACUUGAAGAGUUAACCGUUUUCUUACCACAGUGUCCUUUGGAGUUAUUGUUUAGGCCCCAUUACUGAGAGGAAGCAUGUUCUCUCUCUGCUUGAGGCUGUACCUGCAAAUUACUCCAGCUGCUACAGAGAAGGAUCUGCUGGUAGUGCAAAAAGCAAAACAAUAUCUGGUUACUCAUAGCACAUUUCAAGAUAAUAUAAUAGGACAAAUAUAAUUCCAUACAUUAUAGAUAUGAAUAGGGCUUGACCUUCCCUUCUGGACAACUGACCAAUGUUGAGCUGAUAAGAUACUGUUGCCAUUACAUCCCAGUUUGAGUAUUAUUGGUGAUUGAAAGAGCCCUCCACUCACUGCACAUUAUGCCCGUCAAGAUACAGAUAUGUUGAAGACCUUUCAUCAUAUCAGAAUACCUCUGAGCUAUAAUAUUCGGUGCUUAAUUUUCUGUAUUUUAAACUUCACCACCUCCUCUAAAAUGAAAGAAAUCAUUGUGUUUCAGAUUAUGGCAGACUGAAAAUUCUAAAUAUGGGAUUAAUGGGAAGAAUUGUUGCUGAAUUCCUCUAUGGUGGAUGGGCAGUUUGGGCUAAAUUAUUUUCUGAUAUUACUCUUACCAAUUCUCCCUAAAAUGAUACUGAUACAUAUGAACUCCUUACUAAACCUGAACAAGGUAGUCUGAGGUAAAUAGGUUUAAAUUCAAGGAAGUGAAGCGUUGAACAUUCCAGGAUCUUGCCACUAAAUUCCUAUAGCCAGCAACAUACAUAAUUGAUGAGAGUGACUGACUCAGUGGUCAUUCUCCAGGAAGGCAUCUGUGACUGCUGUGAAUUAAAAGCUGAAGACAGGCCACAGUGUGAGGAAAGCUAAUGUGAUUUCAGCUCCAUAAAUAAUGUGUCAUGAAAAAGAAAUGUGAAGUAAUCCUACCAUCUGUAUUCUCUGCUUCAGACCUCAGCCAGAGUAACGCGUGUCCUUCUGUGCACUAUACUUCAAAAAAGACAAAUGUAGAUCAAUUGGAAAGUCCAGCAGAAAGUAGUACUAUUGAUCAGAAGUCUAGAAAAUGUGACCUGUGAGGACAGACUGUGAAAGAAGUGGGUUUAUACAUCUAGAAAAAGGAGAUGCAGGAGAGGGAAUAAGGAUAUGAUUCCAGUCUUUAGAUAUGUAAAACUUGCUGCGAAGAGGAAAGUAAUAAUUUGUUCUCUGUGUCCACUGGGAAUACAAAAAGAACUAAUGGAUUUAAAUUGCAGCAAAGGAGAUUUAAGGAAGACAUUAGGACAGGCUUUCUAGCUGUUAACAGUAGUGAAGUACUGAAACAGAUUGCCCGGGGAGGUUAUGGGAUCUUCAUUGCCAGACAUUUUUCAGAACAAGUUAGACAAACAUCUGUCAGGAAUGAUUUGGGUAUAAUUGAUCCUGCCUUAGGGCAGAGGGCUGGACUAGUUGACCUCACAAGGUCCCUUCCAGGCCUAUUUUAUAUGGUUCUUUCAUUAGGAAGGCUGAUGUGGCAUUCCUAGGACCUCAUCAUUCCUCUUAAAAGCAAAACCAUGCUACAUCAAUGCCAAGAGUCAGAUUUAAAGUGGCAAUACCCGGGAAAAUUCAAAGCUUAAGGUUGAUAGCCCACCCUUAAUUAUUAACACUUGAAUGCAUGUAACACUUGUUCAAAGGCUGAAUACUUGGAAGCUACACAACUGAGUCUUUUAUGACCAGACUGUGAUCUUUCUAAUAGCAUAAGAAUCCGUUUCUUCUAAUGUUUAUUUGUCUUAAAUAUUGCAACUUCCAUUUCAUCAUUUGAGUAAAUUGCAGGCAUUGGUCUUUAGUAGCAUUCCAGGUGGGGUCACUCUCAUUUCACAUGCUGUCACACAUCUGGCCACAUGCUAUACUUUCACUCACUCACUCACUCACUCACUCCAAAGCUCAUUCUUCCACUCCAAUUUAUCAUGACGCUUGUGCUCAGCUUCGUUACGUGGCUGUGUUAAAAUCACUCACGAUGAUGUUAAUGUGCUGGGUACAUUUCCUUCCAUACUCAGACACUGCAUACUCCUCCUGCUGCUUUCUACUCGCAUGUUCUUCUAUUCCUGUUGAUAAAUUUCAUUUUCAUCUCUCUUUUGCUGCUUUCCCUUCAAGCUGUGCUUGCAUUACAAACUGCGGUUCAGCAGUUUAGCAAUUGGAUUGCAUCCAAAUAUUACAAAAUGCCACGUCUUUUAAUAUCAGGCAGAGCAGCUUGAAUUUUCUUCCUUGGAGUGCUGUAAAAGACACACUGGUGUGUUUUCUGUGCAAAUGCCAAAAAAAAAGAAAAAGUUUAACAAAAGAUGGAGGUGUGUGAAUCAAGCUGAGAUGUCUGUAUUGCCAGAAUUUUGUAUUUUCCCUGAUUUCAGGUUUUAGUUCAUGACCCAGCUGCUGAUUUAUGUAACUCAGUGGAACUAUGCCAGUUUUGAGCAGCCAAGAAUUUGGCACUGUCAGUUUGGUGACUGAUGGUACCUUGGUAUUCAGUAAUGUGACCCUGUAUGUUUUUCUCCUCAAAGGCCAUGCCUGGCCAUUGAUGAUCACAGUACUGCCAAGUUGUCAGGUUCUAAAAAAUCAUAUGUCAAUCAUGAAGUGGACUUAUAAUACACACACACGCUCACACAUAUGUAUGUAUAUAUGUAUGUAUAUAUGUAUGUAUAUAUGUAUUAUGUACUUGAUUUGAGUUUGGCCCUUCAGCGUUCAUGGCUUUCAAGCUUUUUUCUACAGCUACAUGGAGAAUAGAAAAUAAAGUAAAAAUAAAAGCAAAAGCAGAAUAAAACUGGGCUUUUCACAUAAUCACAGAAUACUUCCAGAAGCUGAGACUUGAAAAAAUUCAACAUAUAUCAUAAAAGCUGGUAACAUUAUGACUGGAUGUUUGGCUAUUACAUUGUUUUACUGAAUCCAGCAGAGCACAGGAUGCUAUCAUUUGGUUGGGUUUUUUUCAUACUGAUGACAUGCUCAUCAGAGUGCUGUGAGACACACUUUGCUCUAUGUAUCUCUGGUAUUCCCUUGUUACAGACUAACUGUAUUCACUGAAGCUGCGGGUACUGCAUGAGGUUUGCCAUAGAGGAAGACUUCUCUUGAUUGCUGUGGGCUUUGGAUCAGUCAAGAGUACCUUUUGCCAUCAUUUCCCACCUGUUUCACUUGAGACUUGCCCUUCAUGUGUUUCGGAGAUAGAUGGACAAACAAUGCAAGAUCACAGCUACCUUCCCUGUCUUUGUUGUGCAAGACAUUCUUAGUGCAUAUUCCUCAGCUUUUGCCAUAGUUUUGUAUGUGGGGGAUAAAGCCCACCUCCAGGACAGUGUUCCAGAACCCAUGCACCCCCUAAGUUUCAACGUAAGAUGUGUUGGCACAGCACAGAUCUUUGCCUGAGGACAAAUUUUCCUCAUGUCAUUCGUUUGUACUUUGUGUUUUGCAUUGCUCAAAACAUUCAUUUUCUCUCCCCUGUGGGUACAGUUUAUGGCAAGGGAUGAUUUGACCUUGAAAUGCAGUUUCAUUCAUUUUGCCCACUGGUUAAUGAUGAGAUUAAGAGGAAGGUAAACCUUGUCACAUGUUUCCUGGGUAAUACUGGUUCUUACUCUCCUAUUUUCCCAUCUUGGCAGUUCACCAUAUACCAUAACAUGAGGAGAAUAUUACUUUUUUUCCUACCACUUUUGCUGCCAUUUGCAUACGGUGGAA